AUGGAUGCAUCAUUUUCAGCAGCAUCUUUCUUUACAAGAACUGAAGAGGAUCAGAGUGAGAUGAAUCAACAAAAUUCAUCAUCAUCAACAAGUCCAUCUGCACCACCACCUCAGAAGAAAAGAAGAAACCAACCUGGAACACCAUAUCCAGAUUCUGAAGUGAUAACACUUUCUCCAAGGAGUCUAAUGGCAACAAACAGAUUUGUAUGUGAAGUGUGUCAAAAAGGGUUUCAAAGAGAGCAAAAUUUGCAACUUCAUAGAAGAGGACACAAUCUACCUUGGAAGCUAAAGCAAAAGAGUAAUAAAGAGCCAAAGAGAAAGGUUUAUCUAUGUCCUGAACCUUCUUGUGUUCACCAUGACCCUUCAAGAGCACUUGGAGACCUAACUGGGAUCAAGAAGCACUUUUCUAGAAAGCACGGUGAGAAAAAGUGGAAAUGUGAAAAGUGUUCUAAGAAAUAUGCUGUUCAAUCUGAUUGGAAAGCUCAUUCUAAAACUUGUGGGACUAGGGAGUAUAGAUGUGACUGUGGCACUCUCUUCUCUAGAAGAGACAGUUUCAUCACACAUAGAGCCUUUUGUGAUGCACUUGCUCAAGAAAGUUCAAGACAACCACAACAAUUACCAACCUUAAUCACCAACACUUCCAUUAACAACUCUCAACUAUUUGGAAACAUUAGCAACAACAAUAUCUCAUUAGCCUUGUCUCAAAUUCCUCCACAACAAAUCUCAUCAAUUCAUGACCAAAACGACACCAACCAAUCCACUGAAAUCCUGCGUUUUGGCAACCACAACAUUCUAUCCCCACCUCCACAACAUCCUCUUCACACCCCUCCAUUCAAUUUCAUCACUCAACAACAACCAAACCAUAAUUUUCAUCAUGAACAACAUUCUCAAACAUUCCAAGGACUAAUAUCAUUGUCUGAACUCAACAACAACAACAUCAUCAACAAUGAUAACAGUUUUUUUUCUGAAAAUUUCAACCAUGAAGGAUUCUUUUCUGAAAAUCCACUAACGUGUGGUCAUAAUAAUAACCAAACAAAUCCUGUCUCACCUCACAUGUCAGCUACUGCACUUCUUCAAAAAGCUUCUCAAAUGGGUGCAACUUCAAGCACAAACAACAAUAACACUGCUUCUUCAUUACUAAGAAGCUAUGGUGGUUCAUCUUCUUCUGUAGCAACAAAGGUUAAUGGUAAUGGUUCUGAUGGACUCACUAGAGAUUUUCUUGGAGUUGGUCAAAUAGUAAUGAGAAACAUGAAUGGAGGAGGAGUUUCACAAAGAGAACAACGAAACUUCAACGUGGAAGCUGAAAAAAACGCUGCAGCUUUUGGAGGGAACUUUGAGUGA